GCGAAAAAUGGAUCUUCAAUUUCAGCUUUUAAAAACAUCUACUGGAAAACUAUUAUCCGUAUACCAGUUAAAUUUGCUCAGGAAAAACAAUUUGAAUUCCGUUAACGAUUUCUAUGAAGCGGAUGAGCGGAAGAUCCAUGAGCUGCUUGACAUCCAUAUACAAUCUGUUCGAGAACUGAAGAGGGAAUUGGCGCUGUUGCCCAAAGUGUCUGAAGAAAAAAUCAUUCCUGAAUCGGACUAUGGCACGGGAAUCGAGGAGUUGGACAAACUUGCGGAAUCAGUGGAACAGCCCUUUAGGGAAGGAAGGGUUUGGGAACUCUGUGGCCAGCCUGGCGUUGGCAAAACAGAGGUUUUACACACCUUGGCUCUGAAUUUCGUGUGGAAGCAUGCCCUGGACGCACUUUUCAUCGACACCAAACGGGACUUCUCCUGCAAGAGAAUACAGGACAUGCUCCGGGCCAGAAACGCAGAUCCGGUAACUUGUGAGAAAGCUAUGAAAGCUAUCCAUGUGGUGGAUGCACAUGAAGCCAAUGAUCUAAUUAAUGUGCUUAAAGCCUUCGAUCAACAACUCACGUUUACAGUUAAACAAACCAUGCAAACCAAAUUGGUACUGAUAGAUUCCCUAGCUGCUUGCUUUGUCCACUACCGCGGCAGGAAGAUGUAUGUGCAUAGGCAAUCCCUGCUAGUAGAGAUAGCAAGCAAAAUUCGAAAACUGGCUGCACGCGGCGUGGCAUUCAUCAUUGGCAAUGUGUCUUUCCUUGGAAAAGAUACAGAUAAUUGUAAUGAUGACGGCGAGGACGACGGCAACAAUUGGAAAACCGCUAAACGACAGCAGUUGGAGCCCACGCUUGGUGCCUACUGGAAAUCGGUGGGCACUCUGAGAUUGUCACUGGAGCUGCCUGUUGAUAAUGACUUCACUCGCCAAGACGACGGCCUGCGUUUGAUGCAUAUCAUUUCGAACAGCUAUGGCUCCGCGGGUGAACACUGCCUGCUACGUAUCACGAAGACUGGCGUAGUUUAG